AUGCGCCCCCUCCGUCCCAGCACCAGCCUCCAACAUGAAGCCAUCACUCCCUCCCUCGGGCCAGCACGAAGACCAAGAGCCCAAGCAUCACACAACUCGCACGGCCACCGCUCCCUAGCCGCGGCGUCCUCCUCCUCGCCGGUCCCUCACCUCCGCGCGCCGAAUCUCCUCCACGCCCGCCAGCCCAGCCACGUCGACGUCGUCGCUCACCACCUCCAGAGCCAGGGCAUCCUCAAAGUCACGCUCGACUUCCCCGACCCAGAAAGCAGAUACCUCGAGCACCUCAUCGCCAGUCUCCACCAGCACCACGGCCACAGGCUGCCCGUCUCCCACAGCGCCAGCCGCGGCUGGUUCUGGGACGUGCGCCCAGCCGCGUCCGACUUCCAGACGCGCAACCACCAAGCCCGCUCCGAGACCAUGGCCGAGUUCCCCUGGCACACGGACUGCAGCUACGAGGAUCCCACGCCGCGCCUCUUCGCCCUCCAGAUCCUCCGCCACGACCACCUCGGCGGCGGCACCCUCUCCGUCGCAAACGUCGACCAGCUCCUCCGCCACCUCUCCCCGCGCACGAGGCUGGCCCUCGCAAGGGACGAGUUCGAAAUUGCCGUCCCAAAAGAGUUUUCCAAGAGCCCCGAGAGGACGAGCAUCACGGGCCGGCUGCUCUCCACGAGCCGCGGCCGCGGCGCCCUGCGCUUCAGGCGCGACAUCCUCGCGCCGCUGACGCCCGCCGCCGCCGCCGCCCUCGACGAGCUCAACGCCGCCUUGGAGAUGGCGACGCUUCACCUCCCGGCGUCCGACUUGCCGAGCGGCUCCGUCAUACUCGUCGACAACUUCAGGUGGCUCCAUGCCAGGACCGACAUCAGGGACCAGGCGCGCCACCUGCGCCGCGUCCGAUGGGACGCCGUGCCCUUUGGAGAAAAGCCUUGA